UUGCAAUAUUGCAAUAUUUGUCUUCUAAAAAGUUGUCUUCUUCUAAAAAGUUGUACAAAAGUUGUUCUUGUAAAAGUUAUACAUGAAUCAUAUAAUUUACAUGAAUAAAGUGUUUAAAGUAAAAAAAAAAAUAUAAACAAAAUUAAUAUUGCAAAAAUGUUAUAUAAAAAAGUUAUAUUAGAUCUAUUUAGUUUAGUAAAAAAUAUGCGUGACUAUAAUAAUAAAUAUGAAAAUAGAGUUCACGUUUUAGAACACUCGGAUCAAUUCCAAAUAAAUAAAACUUCUAAACAACCAGAGUCUAAUCAAAAUACGAAAAAACAAAAUGAACGAAAGAAACAAAAUAACGCAAUGCAUGGUUAUGUCUAUCAAACAAAACUGUUAAUGUUAUUCUUCUAUCGCAUUCAACGUCGUUAUUCAUUUCGCUUAGGUACAGAAAUAGCAGAAGCUACUGCAUUUGAUGAUUUAGUACUUGAAUACAUUAAAGAUAACAAAAAAAUUUAUCGUCUAUUACAAGCUAAACACAAAUUGAAAGAAUAUUAUAAAAUAACAGAACAUGAAUUAUUAUCAAAAAAAGGUGAUUACAGUUUAAUUAAGUAUUUCUUUUCUUAUCAAAAACUUAAAAAUGACAAAUUUUUUAAGAAUAGCACGAUAAAAGAUAUUAUCAUUUAUACUAAUAUUGAUUUGGAUUUUGAAAAUUUGAAAAAUGCAAAUAUUGAAUUUGAGAAAAUAGAAGAUGAAGAUGAUAUUUUGGAUAUGAAAUUCAUCGAAAAGCAACCCGCACGUUAUAUGUUUAAAAAUAAUAUAGCUUCUUUAUUAAAGGAUAAAAUAGAGAAAUAUAAUAAAGAAAAUAUAACAGAGAAGAAUAUUAAUUAUGAAAUUGAUGAAAUAAAAGAUUUUCUAAAUCAUCUUGUAUUUGCUGUUAAUCAGCCUAAUCAAGAAGAAUUAGGUAAUAUUAUUCAGAAGGAGAUCGGUGAGGAAUUUAAUAUUACCAAAAUGGAAAUUGUAUACAAUAGAUUCUUUAUAAAAAUGUUGAAUUGGAUGUUGGAUCCAGAAAAAGAUAGAUUUCUUUCCUACGAAGAAGGAAAGAAAUUUUUCGAAGAAAAAAUCAAAUUUUCUGUUUUUUUUCAGUUAAAGAAUCUAAUAUUUUCAUUUUCUGGAAGAAUCGAACAAUUGUUUAAUUUACAUGAAAUACAAAAUAAAAAUGAAAACGAAAUAGAACAAAAUAUUAGUUGUGUCAAUGAUCUUGGAGGAAUAAAUAAAAAUGAGUUAAUUAGAAAAAAUAUUGAAGAAUAUAAUAACGAAUAUGAUGAUAAAGUGAUAUGGACAAAUGGUGAAACUUAUGAAGUUUUUCCUAUGAAUUCUUCUUCUAUGAGUAAAUUGGCUGAAAAAUACAAAAGUGAAUAUGAAUUUGAUUAUGACAUAGAAAAUUUUUCACCUCCUCUAUUCCUUAAGUAUAAUAAAUUGCAUAUUUUAAUUAUUUCCUGUAAUACAAAAUGGCCAAAAAAUAUAUAUGCAUUAGAUACGUUUAAUAAAACGUUAGAUAUGUUUAAUAAAAAGGAAGCAAUAGAAUUUAUUAUAAAAUUAUUUAAUAUAGAUGAUAAUACAAAAAAAAAUAAUAUUAAAGAAUAUUAUAAAUUAAUGAAGCACUAUUUUUUGUUAGCAUUACAACAAGUUAUAAUCUUUAUAAAUAGACAAAAUAAAAAACUAAAAAGUAUUACUACGGAAUUUAAUAUUCAUAAUUAUUUA